AUAAUAAAAGGUAUAUAUCUAAGUAAUCAUCUUUUAUUUACUUUUUAUCAUAAAACUACCAUUGAUGUGGUCUUCCACUUAAAUAGAUAUAAAAAUACUUUCCCCACAUGCAGCAAUAAUUGAAGUGCUCAUCCCAAUUUAUCAGAAGACAAUAAAAUUUAAUACCAUUUUAGUCAUUCAGAGAGUAUAUUGCUGCAGUGAUCAGUUGCUUCUUCCCAACUAUUGAAAGCUUUCAGGUCAUAAUCGCAAAGGCAAAACGUGAAUAUAGCAGAUAUGGCUCAUGCAAGUGUGGCGUCUCUAAUGAGAACAAUAGAAUCGCUCUUGACAUACAAUUCGCCGAUGCAAUCUCUGAUCUGUGAUCACAGAGAAGAAUUUUGCGCUCUUCGUGAAAAAGUUAGGUCCCUGGAAGUAUUUAUCGAGAGCUUUGAGAAAAUCAAUGUUUUUGGGCAAAUGACGGAUUUUGAAGUAGAGGUAAAUGAAGUUGCAAAUUCUGUUGAAUACGUAAUUCUACUUGAGCUAACAGAAACUAUAAUGGAAAAAAAUAAAAGCACCAUAGGAAUCACUGGCUCAAGAUUUUUCAAAAGAAUCUCGAAUAUAUGGACAUGCCGAAAUUUUCGUAAAUGCCUUCAACAAUUAGCAAAGGACAUUGAUCGUGUCUGGAAAGUGUCAGCUAAGAUUCAAGAUAAAGGCAAACAAGCGUCAAAGGAAUCAACGGUUCAAGAGUUUCCAAUUUCAGCAAAAGAUAUUCUGAAUGUUGAGAACAUUAUGGUUGGACGUGAUGAUCAAAGGAAAUGGUUGGUAGAAGAUCUUACUAGAAGCUACUCUAGUAAACCCAAAGUCAUCCCGAUUGUCGGGAUGGGAGGCAUAGGUAAAACAACCUUAGCGAACGAAGUUUACAAUGAUGCGUGCAUUCAUUCUCAUUUUGAUGUUUGUGCCUGGGCUACUGUUUCUCAACAACAAAAUGUAAAGGAAAUUUUGUUGAGCCUUUUGCGUUCUACUAAGAGUGACACAUUUGACAUGAACGAUGAAGCAAAGCUGGCAGACAGGCUACAAAAGAGUUUAAAGGGUAAGAGAUAUUUAAUUGUAUUGGAUGACAUAUGGAAAACUGAAGCAUGGGAUGCCGUGAGACUCUGUUUUCCAAGUGAAAACAAAGGGAGUGGUAUAUUAUUGACGACCCGUAAUACUGAAGUAGCUCGAGAUGCUGGUACAGAGAAUCUUUCUUUGCAGAUGGAUUUAAUGGGUCCGGAUGAGAGUUGGAACCUUUUUAAAAGUGUUGCAUUUGCAAAUGAAGCAUUACCAUCUGAGUUCGAGACUAUUGGGAAGCAAAUUGCGGAGAAAUGUCACGGAUUACCACUAACUAUUGCCGUGGUUGCUGGGCUUCUCAGGUCUAAAAGGGCAAUAGAAGACUGGGAAAAUGUUGCUAAAGAUGUCAAGUCAUUUGUCACAAAUGAUGCUGAUGAACGAUGUUCACGUGUGCUUAGGUUGAGUUACAAUCACUUGCCUAGCGAUCUAAAGACUUGUCUUCUGCAUUUCGGAAUUUUUCCAGAAGACAAUGAGAUACCAGCGAAAAAUUUGAUGAGGAUGUGGAUGGCUGAGGGGUUCCUAAAGUUGGAAAAUGAUUUGGAAGGAGGGGCUGAGAAGUGUUUGCAAGAGCUUGUCGAUAGAUGUUUAGUCCUCGUCUGCAAGAAAAGUCUAGAUGGAACAAAAAUUAGAUCAUGUAAGGUUCAUGAUCUAAUAUAUGAUCUGUGCGUGAGAGAAAUUCAAAGGGAGAACAUUUUUAUCAUGAACGACAUUGUGCUUCAGUACUCAUAUCCCACUAUGCCAAAAAUGCUGCCCUUUAAAAGCGUGACUGUUGAUAAAAUUGAUAAUUGUCACUAUGGUCUUUAUAAGGGUCUUCUUACCAAUGUACAUCGUCAGUUGAGAGAUCAUGACAACAACGAUCUUUUGAAACGAACCCGUUCUAUUUUCUCUUUUCAUACUAAGGAUUCAUAUUUAUCUCAUGUUCUUAAACCAGAGCUAAAUCAUUUCAAAUUACUCAGAGUCUUGGACUUGAAUGACGUGAGGAUUGGUUUUUUCCCUGUGCAGAUACUAAGCCUCAUCUGGUUGAGGUACCUAUCAUUGCACUGCCGUGCGAAUUUAGACAUACCUUCAGAAAUUUGUAGGUUAUGGAAUCUGCAGACAUUCAUUGUUCAAGGGAAAAAUGCAUUUGAUGCAUGGUUCGUAUCAGAUUUCAUAACUUGUCCAGUGCAAAUUUGGGGACUAAUGCAAUUAAGGCAUCUCAAACUGCCCGAAUUGUAUCUGCCAAAUCCCCCAAGUGUAUCUGGUGGCAAAGGGAGUCACAUGGUUUUUUCAAACAUACAAACUAUUUCUUACUUGUCUCCGCGUUGUUGCACGGAGGAGGUUAUUAUGGGGAUUCAGAAUGUCAAAGAAUUAGGAAUCAGUGGAAAUGUGGCUGGCUCUAAUGGGCUUCUCGACAAUCUUGUCCAUCUGCAACAACUUGAAACAUUGAGUUUUAUAUUUUGCUCUGACCUUUACCCCGCAAGUGCAAAAUUUUUGCCAGCAACGGUCAAGAAGCUGAAGUUAAAAGGUACUCAUCUAAGUUGGUCAUACUUGGACAUCAUAGCUGAGAUGCCUAACCUUGAGGUGCUGAAGCUGAUGGAUUAUGCUUGUCGUGGAGAAGAAUAGCAUCCAAAUGUUAAGGGAUUUACUCGAUUGAAGCUUUUGCUAAUUGAAUUGAAUGAUCUCAAGUACUGGAAAGCCACAAAUAAGAAUUUUCCUGUCCUUGAGCGCCUUGUGAUUAAAGAAUGCUGUUAUUUGAAAGAGAUACCCAUUGAGUUUGCAGAAAUCCACUCACUACAGCUGAUUGAGUUAACAAGUUGUCCUCCUGGACUUGGGGAAUCGGCUGCACAAAUUCAACAAGAACAAGAAGAUCUCGGAAACAACCCCGUGAACGUUUGUAUUUCAUUAAGAAGGCCUUUCCUAAGUACGGUGAAUUCUUGGAGCAGCUUAUUGCAACAAGACAAGGAGAGGACGAGCAACAAGAGCAUUCGAUCGGUUUCUAUUUAAUUUGAUUCGAUAAAAUUAUGUUGUUAAUUCUUAUUGUGCUGUACUUUUCCUCAUGGAACAAUUUAUAUUGUGGGAACUGGAUGAUGAUUUAUUUUGCUUGGUUUAUAUCACAUAUAUCCCUGUAUGAUUCUCACAAGAUGCUUUAGUAGAGACAAUCCAUAAUUUAGAAUCAGUGGAUUCA